AUGUGGAGAAUGUCACUCUACGGUGACUUUGUUUCUGUUUUGUAGUUUGUGAGCCAUAAGCUACAUACGAAGCUAGCUACCUAGCAACAUUUCGUGAAGAUUUCCCCCUGAAUUUCAAAUUUGCUGAAAUAUUAAUCUUAAAUAGUGAACGGAAGAACUGUGGAGUAAUUCUUUAUCAUAGACGGGCGACUCUUCAGAAGACGGCUCUCCCGUUCUGAUACACUCCAGAAGUCCAUGCAGUCAGCAGCGGAAACAUUGGAGAAUGCCUCCAUCCUAUCGGAAAGCUCGUCGCAAGAGGGACACCGACUGUGGAUUGGCAACAUUGAUCCCAAAAUCACAGAGUACCACCUGGUGAAGCUCCUGGAGAGGUUUGGCAAGGUGAAGCAGUUCGACUUCCUCUUCCACAAGUCCGGCCCCCUGGAGGGCCAACCCAGGGGGUACUGUUUUGUCAACUUCCAGACUAAAGAGGAGGCAGAGCGAGCGAUCCAGUGCUUGAAUGGGAAGCUGGCCUUGUCGAAGAAGCUUGUGGUUCGCUGGGCUCAUGCCCAGGUGAAGAAGUUUGACGGGUGCAGAACUGACAAAGCCAUGCCAGCCAGCCUGGAGCCCUCGUCCAGUGCGGACGACAUGCCUACGUCCCUCAGCGUGAACGCGAAGAUCCGCGCCAUCGAGGCCAAACUGCAGAUGAUGGAGGAGAACCCUGACGAGGAGUACUCCGGCCCCUCCAUGUACCUCUACAACAAGCCCCCGGAGAAGAAGCGCCAGGCCCCCUACAGCAAGUUCGGCCGCAAGUUCAAGCGAUGACGCCCGUACCCCCCCACCCCGUCCCCGUAGUGCGACUGCCACCUUCCGCAGUCACAGUGAAGAACCGCGUCUCCCACAAGGCCUCCUGCGUUUGGAGCCACGGGACCGGCACGUGACGAGCUUACGCUGAAAAGCGCUUUCCGUUCCGUUGGCAGAUUGUAAUAUAUGGGGUGUGUGAGAGAGAGGGGGGUCGGACCUCCUCGGUGUCGGGCUCUAGAUCCCAGAGCUGUCCGGCAGUCAUCGUGCCACCUUGGGCUCUGAUGCCGGCACGAUGUUCGCUUUUUAACCGUGAGAUUUUUUGCUUUUUUAUUUGUUACCCGUGUCCUUUGUAGACCGAUUUUUAUUUUUAGGAUGGUUUUUGUAUUCCAGUUUUGUACCACUUUAGCCAGAAUGUUUUAAUAGGUAUGUCUUGCUAUUCUCGGACAUCUUUCCCGUUGCCCCUGUGACACUGCUCUUUUGGUCUAAUUCGUGUUUAUCAGCGUUUGUGCACAUUGCUUUUUUUCCCUGAUAGUGCUGUAAUGUCUGGAGUGUGUGGUAUAUUCUCUGUGCUUUCCUGGACUGUUAUGCCCACUCUGUGAAUACAGUGACCGUGACAGUGACUGCAGUGGACGUGUCCUGUGCUGGUCCGUAGUGAAACGGAAGAAACGGCAUCCUCAUCCACGGUGUUGGAUUAUGCACGGCAAAAGGAGGAAAUCAGGGUGACUCACGGUUCUUUUGAGACCCAGAGUUUUAAAAUAUAUUUUUCUUGAUAUCCCAGAGUUUCAGUCUGUAAUGGGUAAGCAUCAUUAACCAGGGUGAUUAGAUUUGCAUUAUGAAAGUAAACAUUCUGUUUGCCCAAUGCACAUCUCACACGUUUCAUACACUUGUCACGUUUCAUUUCCUUUUGGUCAGUGGUCGUCAGUCCGUGUCAGUGUGCCGCAGUAGGCCAGACUUGGUUAGCAGUUUCUGUGUGAUGUGUGUGUGUCCUGCUUCAAACUGAAUAUACAAUACCCCUUGUCUGCCCACAUGUGGUCAUGAUAUUACCAAACUCUCACUCCAUGACACUCCAUGACGCUGUUCAACUACCAGUUUGAGGACGCAGGGGAAAUGUGCAGCCUGAACGCUUGUAAUUGGAAAACACUUACGGUUGUCUGGAUAUUAGUGGUCAAUGAAACCACUAAUAUCCAGAGAAGCAAUCAUCGUUCAAUCCGAAUGUGAUUGCGGCGGUCAACUCGACAGUGAAAACCUCCAUAUAAUUUUGCCUUUUGAGUUCUUUGGCGUUUCGUGUGGGUGUUUGACGGCUCUGUUCACCGUUUCAAGGCUGUAGUAAGUACCAAGUAAUCAUAUUACAUUGUUUUGCGAGGGCGCUAACGACCAUGUGUAUUAUAGUUUAAGGUGCUCUAGCUAAUUUUCAACAAUUGCAGUCAUUCAAUAAAUCACAUUGAUUGGAAAGGGUACCACAGUUCAAUAUAUGACCCACAGUGUCCAUGCCUAAACACACACUCAGUGAGCACUUUAUUAGGUAUUUAUUUGGACUUUUUGGUCUUGCCUGCUGCUGUAGCCUCUCCACUGAGAGGUUUUAGGCGUAGUGUGUUCAGAGAUGCUCUUCUGCCUACCACUGUUGUAAUGUGUGGUUAUUUGAGUUACUGUCACCUUCCUGUCAGUUUUGACCAGUCUGGCCCUUCUCUUUCUCAUUAACGACGCAUUUUUGCCUGUAGAACUGCUGCUCACUGGAUGGUUUUAGUUUUUCACAUCAUUCUCUGCAAACUAGAGCCUGUUGUGUGUGAAAAUCCCAGGAGGUCAACAGUUUCUGAGAUACUCAAACCACCCUGUCUGGCACUAACGAUCAUUCCAUCGUCAUCGUCACUUAGAUCACAUUUCUUCCCUGUUCAUGACAUUUAGUCUGAAAUACAGCCGAACCUCUUGACCAUGUCUGCAUGCUUUUAUGUAUUUAUUUGUUGCCACAUGAUUGGCUGAUUAAAUAUUUGCAUUAACAAGCUGGUGUACAGGUCUACCUAAUAAAGUGGUCGCUGAGUGUAUAUAAUAUGCUUAUCCGUACUCAUAACUGGCAUUUGUUGCUCUGACAUAUUUGCUGGGUUCAUACACGAGGAUUAAUCGGGGUUUCCUGUUGUGCACAGUAGCAUGUGUAAGAGUUCAAUGGCUCAUUGAGAGUCAGGUACACUUCUGUCACAUACCACAUUUUUUAAAUCUAAUUGUAAGUUUAGACAUACAGGCUUUUUCACAGAUAUAUUCAUUGGAAUCCCAAAUUGAUGCAAAAGAAUAUUGUAAAUAAUAAAUGGCACUCUGAAAAAGCUA